CGCAGACUGUGUCCCAAUAGUCUGAUGCGUUGAACAUUCGUGUAGGCCCGCGACUCUUAUAGGGAGUGGCUCAGUGGGGAGGGGGAAGUUGUCGUAGAAAACGACGGCGUAUCCGAUGAACAUGAUCAUUGUUAUUCUAGGUUAGGUGACGAGGGAGGGGCUUCAAUUCCGUUUGUUCCCGCGGAAGAAAUUCGUUUCACUUCCCACUACAAAUCGAUCAAAUCAUCAAUUUUUGUUUUUGUUUUUUUGGGGAUUUUAGCGAAGGAAGAACAUGAGUAGCUAUGGACUGUACCAACCAUUCUUCCUCAUUGCUUGCACUGAAUCAACGAAGCUUCUCCACAACCAAAACCCAAUAGUGUUGCAGAGGAGGAGACUAUGCUUGUCUUAUAAGAAGAACUCUCACCAGUUCGUUCCCAAAGCUGCAUCUACUUCAGUUGGUGGCUCCGGUGCCGAUUACUCUGAGCAAUUGUUGGGAGCAACACCAAAACAAAAAAAGCAGAGGAUAGCUGGUGUAGAUCAGGAUGAAUUAAAGGACCCAUUGGUUUUAGCUGAUCCAGACAGUUGUUUUUGUGAGUUUAAAGGGGUACAGAUACACCACAAGGUAUGCAAUGCAGAAUCCCCAGCUCAGGAUUCGCUACAGGAUGAAAUUAGUUCACGAUUUCCUGACCAAACUAAGAAAGUUGGUCUUCCUAUGAUUUUGUUACAUGGCUUUGGAGCCUCUGUUUUCUCCUGGGAUCGAGUCAUGAAACCUCUGGCACAGGUUACAGGUUCUAAAGUCCUUGCUUUUGAUAGGCCAGCCUUUGGGCUAACCUCAAGGGAUUCUUUUGAGCAUUCUUCUCCUGGUAGUGGUGAUGCAAAACCUUUAAAUCCAUACUCCAUGAUAUUCUCUGUGCUAAUUACAAUAUACUUCAUCAAUUCUUUGGCAGCUGAAAAGGCAAUCCUGGUAGGGCAUUCAGCUGGUUCCCUUAUAGCAGUUCAAACCUACUUUGAAGCACCUGAGCGCAUUGCUGCUCUGGUCCUUGUUGCACCAGCUAUUCUUGGCCCACUUGCUUUACGGAAGCCUGUUAAGGAGAACCAGUAUGGAAGGGAGAACCUGAUCCAAGAAGACCGCUCAAAUUCAAACAUCCAUGGGAGUCCAAUUACCCGGUUUUUUAGCAUCUUGUCCAAGGUCUCCAAACAUAUAGUGCAGGCAACAAUGCAUUUGGCAAAAGGGAUGGCAGAUAUGCUCAGCUCUCUGUACAAAAAGGCUUUAUCUGCAUUCCUGCGCUCUGCCAUUGGUGUGAUGUUGGUGAGGAUGGUUAUAGAUAGAUUUGGUAUACCUGCAAUUCGAAAUUCCUGGUUUGAUUCAAAGCAAGUCACUGAUCAUGUCUUACGUGGUUAUACUAAGCCGCUGAGGGUUAAGGGUUGGGACAGAGCUCUGGUGGAGUUCACAGCUGCUAUGCUUGCAGAUCCCAUGUCUGAAACAAAACCACCACUGACAAAAAGACUGCACGAGAUCUCAUGUCCAGUCUUGAUAGUCACUGGUGACAGUGACCGACUUGUUCCCCCUUGGAAUUCUAAGAGACUUUCACAAGCCAUUCCUGGAUCUGUUCUUGAAGUCAUCAAGGAUUGUGGCCAUUUGCCACAAGAAGAAAGGCCAGAAGAGUUUGUAUCAGUUGUUGAGGAAUUUCUGCAAAGAAUUUUUGGUGGUUUGGAGGUACAGAGUCUGCAACCAGCAGCUUGAAGCUUUUAUUGAUCCCAUUCAACCAGUAGUAUAUAAUAACAGAUUGGCCAAUUCAAUCAGAUGAAAGGCAUUAACACAGCCGUUUGCAGAGUAGGGCGGGAAGAACUCCAUUAUUAUUAGCAUUCCCAUCCUCACUGUGAAAUUAUUCUUCAAGCAAAGUUCAUCGAUGAAAAGAAUGGAAGCACCUCUUCUUUAUGAAAGUAUGGAAGCAAUACAGUUGUAACCAUACUUGUAAAUUUUCAAGAUUUAUAAUGAUAUCGACUAUCAUGUUGUGGUAACUAUUUCCAAAUUUAAUUGAUAGCAUGAAAUUUCAGGCACAUUUUUAACCAUUCCAAACUAUUUGCUUUUUGCAGCGUUUACGCAGCAAAAUUAGCAGAUCCUUGUCCAAAAGACUUGCCCCUUUUUGAAUAUCCUGCAGUUGAAAUGAGAUUUUACACUGGGCUACCCUUUUUUUAGCUGAACAACUUGAGAAAGUGUUUAACAUCAUUUUGGUACAUAGAAACAUUACUACUGGAAAUAGAUAUUACUCUCAGAAGGGAGGG